CAUUCACCGCUCUCCAGUGGAGUUGCGAAGAAGCAACAGAAGAAGAGGAAGAGGAAGAUGAGCGAGACAAGGCCGGUACCGAGGAGAGAGAGUCCAUGGGGAAUUACAGGAGAAAACCACCCUGAACCCAAAGCUCACCGAUGCAAUGACCGUGUUGAAGAUGUCAUUCAGGCUUGCUUUGAGGGAAACCCAUUCAAGACUGUUCCAGGACCUUUCAAGCUCUUCUGGAAGUGCAUGCGUUCUAAACCUGGCGAGGAACCAACAGAGCCCUUUACCUAUUUGGAUUUGGAACCACUGAAGAGUGUGCCAAAGCCUGUGAAACCUGAGUAGUGCCAUUUUUACAAAUGCCUUGGAAAGAACAAUUUUGGCUCUCCGUGGUCUUUUUAUGGCUUCAACUUUUCAGUCCACCGGGAUGGUGUUUGCAAAGAUAAUAUGUAAUGUAAUUAAGUUGUCUUCAUUUCACUUUGUUACGCGAAAUAGAAGUUGUAUGCCUUUGUUCUGCACUUCAAUGUUGCUUGCCCAAUAAGGCAUGGCCAGUUGAAUUCUUGAAUAUUCUACCUGAUAAUCUAUUGAUUACUUGUUGGAUGUUAUAAACGCCAAUAACUAAUGUUUGGCUGGAUUAGUUUGAGGGUUUUCGUUA